AUGAUUCAGCAAUUCAUCAGAACAUCGCAUUAUCGAGUGUCGACAAAUUUAAAUACAUAUCUGAAGAGUUACCUUACGGGCAAGGCACUAACAGCUAUCGACGGAAUUCAGAUAACGAACGACAACUACGCCGUCGCAGUUGAGCUUCUCCGUGAAAGGUUCGGAAGAUCCGAACUUAUAAUCGAUGAGCACAUGGCAUGUCUUCUACAAAUACGACCAGUACAAGACGCCAAAAACGUGGAAAGGCUACGAUCUAUGUUAGAUGCAGUCCAGACAGGUGUUCGCAGCUUGGAGGCGCUGGGAGUGAACUCAGAUAGUUACGGCGUUUUACUCCUUUCUGUAUUGCGGAAUGGGGUACCAUCAGAGCUCAACUUAGAGUACCAUCGUAAACAUGACGCCGAGCAGUCAACGCGAAGCAGUGACGAGCUACUAGCAUUUUUGAAAUUUCUCAAGAACGAAGUAAAAAGUAGAGAAAGAAGCCAGUACCGGUCAAAAUCGUCAGACUGUGAUGGAGGACGCAACGAUAACCGCCAAAAGAGAUAUCCGCCAUCAGCUGCCGCUUUGACACUUGGAAUGGAACGGGAAAGCCUUGAGUGUAUAUUCUGCGCGUCCAAUAACCAUGCAAGCAAGCCCUGUGAUUCGCCAAUCAGCCUCGAUACACGGAAGGCUAUUCUCGCUCGCGACAACCGAUGCUUUCGCUGUGCUAAACGAAAUCACAGGUCCAGGGAGUGCAGAAACUCGAAGUGGCUAAAGUGUGCGAAGUGUUCCGGCAGACACAUUACACCAUUGUGCGAUCCGAACUGGGCAAACAAAAAUGAAACGGCAACCCGAAUGAAGACUCCAGUAGCUCGCGCAGGCGCAGACGCAACGAGGACGCAGGCGACGUUACAAUCGUCCCUAAAAAUUACAGAUCAAAGUACUGGAUGCUCUUCGGGUGAAAUAUUACUGCAGACAGCCCAGGUUUGGGCCGAAGGAAGGAGGGAACGUGUCCUAGUGCGCCUACUUCUCGAUGGCGGAUGCCAGCGUACCUUCAUCAGAAGCGACCUGUCAAAACGUCUCGGACUCAGGGUACUGGGCGAGGAAGAUAUUACAAUCUUCACCUUUGGUGAAGAUGCGACAGGAGAACAACGUACGUGCCGAAGAGUUGAGCUGUGCCUCACAAGUCAGCAUGACCGAAGGGAUGUUCGCGUCGGGGCGUUACAAGUUCCGAUGAUCUGCUCUGACGUCAUGAAAGCGCCAGUCGACAUUUUGAGAUAUCAACUGCACGCUCAGGGAAUCGUCAUCGCUGAUGCUUCACUUCAUGGCAUACAGUGCGAAGAUGGAAUCAGCGUCCUCAUUGGAGCCGACAAUUAUUGGGCAAUGGUAACAGGAGGCCUCAAACGUUUGGACAAAACUCUCGUUGCCGUAGAGACCAUCUUUGGGUGGACGGUGCAGGGACCCACAACGACUGACUCAUCUGCAACACGUUCAUCUACCGGUGUGAUGAGAGUAGCUGUAACCGGCGCAGUAAACAGAGAAAUAUCCGCCCAAUUGCGAGCAUUCUGGGAAUUGGAACACAUGGGCAUUAAGGAGGAACAGACAACUGUUACCAACGAAAACGAGAUCAUCAAUCAGUUUGAAGAUACAGUGAAGGUUGAGAAUGGACGUUACCAAGUGUCGUUUCCGUGGAACGAGAAAGUGGCCCGGCUUCGCGACAAUAAGGAUAUAGCAAUGAAGAGGCUCGGAUCACUCACAAAGCGCCUUCUGAGAGAUGAACAGAUUAUGAAGGAAUACGACACGGGAAUACGAGAGUACAUGGAAAACGGUUUUGCCGAAGAAGCGCCAGAAACGGCAAUCGCGUCGCCAAACCCGGUGUACUACAUGCGUCAUCAGAGCGUGGUGAGAUGCGACAGCCAGACAACGAAACUACGGAUCGUCUUUGACGCGUCAUCUAGUGCACCGGGAUGCCUUUCUCUCAACGAUACAUUUUCAGCCGGACCAAACUUGAAUCCGAGUCUCAUCGAUCUUCUCAAAUUUUGGAUACAUCAGAUCGCCGUCCUAGCAGACAUUGAAAAGGCAUUUCUCCAGGUAUCACUCUCAGAGGAAGACAGCGACGCAUUACGAUUCCUUUGGUACAAAGAAACACCACUGCCAGGGAUGGAAUUACCACCUAUCGUAACAUGGACAUAUUCUAUUAAUGUGUAA